AUCAGGUAUGUGCUGGGCUUUCAUCACGCCUUUAGGAGUACAAAUCUGAAAAUGCUCAGUUAGAAGAGCUUCUUUUUGUCGAGAGGGAGUUGAGUAAAUCGUAUGAGGCUCGCCUGAAGCAGCUUCAGAAAGAUCUAUCUGCAGCAAAAAAUGAGGUGUCAAAAGUGGAGUCUAGUAUGACGGCGGCACUUUCUGCUAAGAAUGCUGAAAUUGAGGCCCUUGCUAGUUCUAUGGAGGCAUUAAAGAAGCAAGCUGCUUUAUCAGAGGGUAAUCUUGCAUCUUUGCAGGCAAAUAUGGAGGCUAUUAGGAGAAAUAGGGAAUUGACCGAGACUAGGAUGAUGCAAGCUAUAAGGGAGGAGUUGGCUGUUGCAGAACGAAGAGCUGAAGAGGAGCAGGCAGCACAUAAUGCUACUAAGAUGGCUGCUAUGGAAAGGGAGGUUGAACUUGAACACCGUGCUCUUGAGGCCUCCACUGCAUUGGCCAGGCCCAGAGAACAGCAGAUGAAAGGAUGGCAAAGGCAGCAGAACUUGAGCAAAAAGUAGCACUGCUUGAGAAAGAUGUUGAUAUUGGAUGAAGACCCUGAUUCUACUGAAUAAGGCCAUGCCGUUGCCAAGGGCUUACAAUGCUGAUUUGAUGCUGUUGGUAUUUGGAAGAUAUGGAUGUCUGCUGAUUUGUUUCUUGGAACAAACCUCUGCUGCCAAUGAUAUUUGCUGCUACUGACCACCUAUGGACUCUCAACACCAUACAAAUGCAGCAACAGAUGGUUGAUACUUGCAGGUGAAGAACUGACUUUUGACUAUCGCUACAAACCGUUCUCCGGAGAAGAAAAAGGGUUUCCAUGUCUCUGUGGAUCUUCCAGUUGCAGAGGUCGACUUUACUAAUGAAGUCCCGUUUUUUUCCAUAAUCGGUGUGGGGUAUAACUCAACUAGUUAAACAUAUGUCUCCUCCCUAUCAGCCAGAACAAAAGAAUGUAUUUUUG